AUGCUCGGAAAUAUUAAGAAUUAUCUUCAUGGGCGGGGACAACAUAAAAAUCUUAAUAAUGCUGCUGGUUUUGUUCCUGCUGAUCAGGAACCGCACACGUCAAUCGAUCAGACUACUGUAAAUGGAAAGAAUAUGACGGGACAACACGGGGAUGCUGAUUCUGUGCAUUGCAAUACUCAAGAUUUAGGCGUAUCAAGGCAAAGAAAUCAUUGGGACAAUCGCCAUCAUCACCAACAUUGCGAUUACUCUAAACUAGCCACCGAUUUGGUCAUGCAAGAGUCCAAGGCUGAGGAGAAAAAUCGUGAGAAGAGUAGGCAAUCCAUUAGAAGAUAUAAAAUUAUGGAGAAACUUGGCGAAGGUGCAUUUUCUAAGGUGUAUAAGGGAGUCAACAUAGAAACAGGUGAAAACGUGGCCGUGAAGGUUAUACAAAAAUACCAAUUAGAUGAGAAGCAAAGAGCAUCAGUACUCAAGGAAGUUGCACUGAUGAGAAAAUUGGAUCAUCCGAAUAUUGUCAAAUUUCUUGAUUUCAUAGAAAACGAUCAAUUUUAUUAUAUUGUACAAGAACUUUUAGAAGGAGGAGAACUUUUUAACCAGAUUGUCAAGUACACAUACUUUAGCGAAGAUUUGGCACGCCAUGUGAUUAUCCAGGUUGCUGAGGCGUUGCUUUACUUACAUGAAUCUGCUGGAAUAGUUCACAGAGAUCUCAAACCAGAAAACAUAUUCUUUUGCCCUAUUCCUAUAAUACCAUCGCAUUCAAGAAAACUACGUCGAAGCGAUGAUCCCAACACAAAACUGAGUGAAGGAGAAUUCCGAAUGAAUUAUGGUGGUGGGGGGAUCGGUCUGGUGAAAAUAGGUGAUUUUGGACUUUCCAAACAACUUAUUGCCAAUAACUCCCUGAAAACACCAUGUGGUACAAUUGGCUACACAGCUCCAGAAAUUGUGAAGGAUAUGAAGUAUUCGAAGCAGGUUGACAUGUGGGCAUUGGGAUGCGUAUUAUACAUUUUACUUUGCGGAUUUCCGCCAUUCUUCAAUGAUAAUAUCGAGGAAUUAACAAAUAAGGUUGCUAGAGGUGAUUACGAGUUUCUUUCACCAUGGUGGGACGAGAUAAGCAGCGGUGCUAAGAGAUGUGUCUCAAAGCUAUUGACUGUGGAUCCAAAUGAUCGAUACACAAUUACGGAGUUUUUGAAUGAUCCGUGGAUUAUGGACUUUUUGAAGCGCUCAAACGAAAGCAGGCAGCAAGAGACCAUCAAGGAGCAAGAGCAGACAGUAAGUAUGGAAACAAGCAGAGAUAGUAUCAUGUCCGACACAACGAAGUCGCUGCAAAGCUCUGCUGUGGAGAGCUUUACUGAAAUUCCUCCUCUUAACAAUAACAAUUAUGCAUGGGCUACAGGAAACACGCUUCCGAGAUAUGAAUCUAAUUAUGGCAUAGAUGAUAUCCCAAUUAGAAACAAACAUUUGGAUGUGACAAAAAAUAUAGGCGUUGUGAAUGGUAAAAUACACGAGACUACUGAUCUGUUCUCCCCGGCUGUUAUCGCGAUGAAGGAAGCGUUAGAUAUUAGUACGGCGGCUCAUAGACUUAAUGAGGAAAAUAAACGGGAAAAGGAUGGAAAUAUAUUUAACGUUGGAAAACUGAAGACCGUUUCCGAGAGUGGGUCAAGCAAUACAAGUGCUUCUGCCCCAUUAACAGGUAGACCCUCAGACAAGCAGUUUUUGAAGAUUGAGGGUGAAAGUGGAAUUCCUCCCGGGUUGGGAUCUUUCAAUCUGAAAAUAGAGGAGUCAUCUAUUAUACGCAGAAGACGUCGCAAAGCGUUAGCUGCUUAA